UGGAUGCACCCCCUUUUGACUUCAAUACUAACUUCAUUUUUUGUGACAUAGAUUCAAUGAAGUUGUGAAUCUCCCAUCCCUAAACAUAUCUAUGGUACUCUAUUGGAAAUCUGGUGACUCUGGAGGCUGUUUGAGUACAGCGAACUUAAUGUUCAAAAGAAGAAGUUUCAGAUGACUAGAUGGCAUGGCAUGGUGUGUUAUCCUGUUUGAAGCUGAAGAUGUGGCACAUUGAUCAUAAAGGCAUGGGCAUGGUCAGCAACAAUACUCAGAAAUCUUGAACAAGGCCAGCUGCUGCUGUCCAGGACUGUGCAACACCAUUGGCUGCCUGAAUGAAUGACUUGCUAACUUUUCUAUUAUGCAUGCUGGUUUACCUUUAGUGCGUUCUUGAGCUCAUUCUCAGGUAAACAGAGCUGAGAGGCAGCUUGUCACAAGACACUGUUGAGCAACUGAGAGGCGUUCAUCUUGGACCAGUAGUACCACUUUGAACCCUUGCAGGCUUUGAAAAAUGGAGUUGAUUGGAUCCACUCUGACAGCAACAUAUGCUCGGCCAAAAAGCAGCCACUUUCUCCCUGCCAUCUCCACUAUGGCAUCCAGCUAUCGAAACCCCCAGGCAGCCCUGGCCAUGAAUCCCAGUGCCAGUCUGUGGAGGACAAACAGCUAUUACAAGAGCAACAGCACUAUCCCAUCUCCUUCCAUAAAACGAGAGAAUUUAGAUCUGGUUCGUGCCAAGACGGUGUUGUACCCAUCCAACAGGAGUGCGCUGUCCACCCGCUACACUCCAGAUGACUGGUACAAGUCCAACCACAACAACUACAGGGAAUCCGAGUCUUCCCGGAAAAGCGCAGAGAGACUAAGAAAAGACACCAUCAGGCUGAUGCAGGAUAAAGAGCAACUGACCAGACGAACCCAGGAGAAUACCAGCAAGAACAUAGGAGAAAGGCUCAAUGACAUUGUCUUUUGGAAGUCUGAGCUGAGCCAUGAGAUUGACAACAUGGUGACAGAGAUAGCAGCUCUUAAUGAGGUCAAAAGGAGGCUAGAGAGAGCCUUGGCAGAGACUGAGGGGCCCCUUCAGGUGUCUCAAGAGUGUCUGUACCACAGAGAGAAGCGGAUGUCCAUUGACCUGGUACACGAUGACGUAGAGAAAGACCUCAUAAAGGAGGUAGAAGUUAUAAAGUCAUGUCAGGAAAGGAUGAGGCGACAUCUGGACAGAGCCAUUGCUCAGCUGGCGUCAAACCGAGCAGCUCAACAUGAGUUGGAAAGAGAUGUUAGUGACAAACUGACAGCUCAGAGGAUAGAUCAAAGGUGUCACCAUUUAAGGAACACAUCAGAUGGUAUUGGCUAUUACAGAGGAAUUGACAGACUAGACCCUUCAAUCUCUCUGCCUGACUCGUGGUCCAAGUUUACAGAUGACAACAUCCUGCAUUCCCAAAGCGAGCGAGCUGCCUCCCACAAGCUCAGGGAUGAGAUAGAAAUCCUGCUGAACACCACUUCCAAUGAAAUGUGGAACCAGUUCAACAAUGUCAACGUAGCCUUCACCAACCGCAUAUCAGAAACCGCUGAUGCCAAGAACAGCUUGCAAACACACUUGGCUAAGACUCUACAAGAGAUCUUUCAGACUGAGAUGCUAAUUGAGUCAAUAAAGAAGGCUCUCAGAGAUAAAGAGUCCCCAUUAAAAGUGGCCCAAACGAGGCUUGAGGAGAGGACCCGCAGACCCAACGUAGAGCUCUGCAGGGACAAUCCACACCACAGACUUGUGAGUGAGGUGAGAGAGAUCGAGGACACCAUUCGGAAACUUCAAGAGAGGCUGAUGGAGGCCGAGAACACUCUGCAGACUUUGGUGAAGACCAAAGUAUCCCUGGAACAUGACUUAUCUGUCAAGGCCAAUUCGCUUUUCCUGGACCAGGAGAAGUGCAUGAGCAUGCGCAAGAGCUUUCCUAGCAUGCCCCGUCUGGUGGGGUACACCUAAAACCAAGUCUUAAAAGGAGAAUCAUCGGAAGACCCAUAGAGUUAUUGUUUCUGUAGGUUUGGAGUGGUUUAAAUGAAAGUGUGGGUGACCUAAAUGUAAACACAAUGACUUUAAAAGCAGAUAUGCAGCAGUUUAUAAAAAGAAAUAAGAAAAAGAAUCAUAUACAAUGGCAAAAACUUGAUAUCUACAGUUAAAUACAAUUACACAUAUGUUAUGCUACUAAUGUACUAAAUGGUGGAAACUUGUGUUCACACUUGCAACCUAUAUAUUAAAACCUUUAACAGAA